CAAUGACCAAAUUUAGCGGCGAUAGUGGAGUAGUGGAAACUCCAUUCCCAACUGCAGCUUUGGUGCCCAAGGCGGAGACAAGUGUUCUGAACUUCCUGCAAAAAUAUCCGGAAUAUGAUGGACGCGAUGUAACCAUUGCCAUAUUUGAUUCCGGUGUGGAUCCCCGUGCAACCGGUCUGGAGACCCUAUGCGAUGGCAAGACUGUAAAGGUCAUUGAACGUUUCGAUUGUACCGGUUGUGGUGAUGUAAAUGUCACCAAGAAAGUGACUCCAGAUGACAAGGGUGUCAUUACCGGUCUAUCCGGCAGACAAUUGAAGCUAACAUCCGAUAUGAUUGCCAAUAACACCUCACCGAAUGGGGAAUUUCGUUUGGGCUUGAAACGUUUCUAUGAUCUUUGCCCCUCAAAGGUGCGUGAAAAUCUUACAAAUGCCCGUAAACUCAAAGAAUGGGAUGGUCCACAUAAAACUGCCAUUGCUGAAAUUUCUAGAAAAAUCAAUGAAUUUGAAGCACAAAAUCCAGAUUCUUCCAAAUUAUCAUGGGAUAAAAAACUGAUCAAAGAAGAUCUCGACAAUACCUUAGAAAUGUUAAAUGCCUAUGAAAAAUAUUAUCCCGAUAUUAAAACGGCAUUCGAUUGUAUUUUAUAUGAGACUAAAAAUGGUUGGCAGGCCUGCAUUGAUAUCACUGAAAAGGGUGAUUUGGAAAAGGCCCUACACAUUGGCGAGUACACCAAAACCCAUGAAGUCAAGAAUGUCGAUGAUUAUCUUUCGGUUUCGAUUAAUGUCCACGAUGAGGGUGAUGUUUUGGAAAUUGUUGGCAUGUGUUCUUCCCAUGGCACCCAUGUGGCAUCCAUUGCCAGUGGCAAUCAUGCAUCCAAAGAUCUCGAUGGUGUUGCUCCCAAUGCCAAAAUUGUUUCACUAACUAUUGGCGAUGGUCGUCUCGGCUCCAUGGAGACGGGUACAGGUCUGGUGCGUGCAAUGUUGAAAGUUAUGGAACUAUGUCGUACUGGACGUAAAGUUGAUGUUAUCAAUAUGAGUUAUGGUGAACAUUCCCAUUGGUCUAAUUGUGGUCGCAUUGGUGAACUAAUGAGCGAAGUGGUUAAUAAAUAUGGUGUAGUGUGGGUUGCCUCCGCCGGCAACCAUGGUCCAGCCUUGUGCACCGUGGGCACUCCCCCCGACAUUGCCCAACCCUCGUGCAUUGGUGUCGGUGCCUAUGUUUCACCACAAAUGAUGGAAGCCGAAUACGCCUUACGUGAAAAGUUACCAGCUAAUGUUUAUACAUGGACCUCCCGCGACCCGUGCAUAGAUGGUGGUCAAGGCGUUACGGUUUGUGCUCCCGGUGGAGCCAUUACCUCGGUGCCACAAUUCACAAUGAGCAAAUCGGUUCUUAUGAACGGAACUUCCAUGGCAGCGCCUCAUGUUGCCGGAGCCAUAGCUUUACUCAUCUCGGGUCUGAAACAACGCAACAUUGCAUAUUCACCCUUCAGCAUAAAACGUGCCAUUUGUGCUACUGCCACUAAAUUGGGUUAUGUUGAUCCCUUUGCCCAAGGCAGUGGACUUUUGAAUGUUGAAAAAGCUUUUGAGCAUUUGUUAGAACAUGAUAAGGCUCCGGAGAAUAUGUUAAGAUUUUCUGUUCGCUGCGGACCCAACAAUGCCAAGGGUAUUCACAUACGUGAAGGUGUCCUCAAGAAACCCUAUGAAUUCAAUGUUAAUAUUGAGCCAAUAUUUUUCAAUGAUACUGAGGCUGCGCCCAAGGAUAAAUUCAAUUUCAAUGUCCGUUUAAAUUUGAUUUCCUCUCAGCCGUUUGUACAAUGCGGCCAAUUCUUGGAUCUCUGCUAUUCGACACGUUCAUUAGCUGUUAAAGUGGAUCCAUCGGGUCUACCACCAGGUGUACACACAGCUGUAAUUCGAGCAUUUGACACAUCCUGCGUACAAAAGGGCUCAUUAUUCGAAAUACCCAUAACCGUGGUUCAGCCCCACACCAUCGACUGUCAAGAGACCCGUUUGUAUCAGCCCCCAGCCACACAGAGCGGUGAUGGCAGCAUUGAAUUCCAACCGAAUACCAUUCAAAGAGACUUCAUCCUGGUGCCACCGAGGGCAACAUGGGCAGUCUUACGGAUGCGCUCAACCGAUAAAAAUCGUGACAAGGAUGUUGGCAAAUUUUUCGUACAUACCGUACAAUUGCUACCCAAGUUAUCAUGUCGUGUUUUGGAAACUAUGAAGAUUUUGUCUGUCAAUUCCGAAAAUGAAACCACAUUGGCAUUCAAGUGUCAGGAAAACAACAUACUUGAACUGUGCAUUGCCAAGUACUGGUCAAACUUCGGUAGCAGUCAUCUGAAAUAUAGUUUGGAGUUCCAUGGUAUCCAGUCGAAUGGUCCAUAUAUCAUGCAUGCCGCACGAGGUGUCCGCCAAAUGGAAAUCAGCUCAUUGGUCAGUGAAGAAUUACAACCGGUGGUCCAGCUGAAAACCGCAGCUGUUGUCCUUAAGCCCAAUGAAGCCAAGAUAUCACCGUUAAGUGCCACACGUGAUGUCAUCCCUGAGGGCAGGCAAAUCUAUCAGAACCUCCUCACCUAUUCGCUGAACGUUAGUAAGGCCAUGGAGGUGGCCAUCUAUGCGCCCAUCUUCAACUCCGUCCUCUACGAAUCGGAGUUCGAGUCACAGCUGUGGAUGAUAUUCGAUGCCAACAAGCAUAUGGUGGCGUGCGGUGACGCCAAUUCGCACAAAUUCUACACCAAAUUGGACAAGGGCGAGUACUGCAUCCGGCUGCAGAUACGUCACGAGAAACGUGACCUGUUGGAGAAAAUCAACGAGGCCAAUAUGGUGGCCCUGUUCAAGCUGCCGAAUAGCAUAAAUCUCGAUGUUUACGAUCAAUAUAAUCAGUGUGUAAUAGGCGGACGCAAGUUCAAUUAUUGCACCGUCAAACAGGACAGCCCGAAGGUGUUGUACAUCGCUCCGUUGGCACAGGACAAGCUGUCAAAGGCUAAUUUGCCAGCUAAUGCCGCCUGGUUGAGUGGCAGCAUUACAUUGGCCAAGGAUGAGGUGGGACGCAAGGCGGAUGUACAGGAAAUUACGUAUGUUUUGAAUCCUCCCGAUAUGGGUAAGAAGAACGGUGCCGGUGGAAAUGGUAGUUCUUCGUCCAGUGGGUCUUCCUCGGGUUCCACUUCAAAUGCGGCCAAUACGAAGUCAUCGAAAACGGCCGCAGGUGGUGCUACUUCGCCACCAGCAGCAUCUUCAGCCAAUGCAAGUGAUGCUACUGCACCAGGUUCGCCCAAGAAAUCCAAAUCUUCCACUGAUGAGUACGCGGAAAGUUUGAGGGACUUCCAGUGUUCCAUGUUAACCAAAUUGGAUCUUGAAAAAGCUGAAAAAAUCUACGAGGACAUAAUUGCUGGACAUCCCAAACAUUUGGCCGCUCAUUUACUGCUCAUACAGAACAUUGAAUCAUCAUCCGAAUUGAAGGCCCAAUAUCCGUUUACAUUUGCCAAUGCCAGUGGCACUACUGGCUCCGGCUCAAGUACCGAGGAUAAACAAAAGGAAGAUAAUCAAAAAUUGCGCAAUGCUCUCGAACGCAUUGUUUUGUUGGCGGACAAUGUCAUUAGGGAUACUGAUAAAGAUGCAUUGUUGGCAUACUAUGGCAUUAAAUGCGAUACUCGUCCCGAUGCCGCAAAGAUUAAAACUCAAAUGGAUAACCAAAAGAAAAAUCUAUUGGAAGCUCUGAGCAAAAAGGGCAUCGCUGUGGCUAAAUUAUGUGUUCUGGAUAACAAUGUGAAAGAUCGCCUGGAAGUUAUCGAUAAUAUAUACACUGAAAUCAUUAAAUUUGUGGAUGCUGGCGAUUCAAAGGUAAUACAAUUCUCUCUAUGGCAUGCUUAUGUCCAUGAGCAAUAUGGUCGGAUGUACAAGUACUUGCAGAAACUUUGCGAUGAGAAACGUAAUCGUGAAAACUUUGAGGAACUCUAUUUAAUUGCGGGCGCACUAAAAUAUGAACAUUUGGCAGCGGUGGUGCAGCGUUUGACAGUGUCAACCUUUCCGCAUAGUUAUCGGUUGUUUUAA